AUGGCGUCAACAAGUACAUCUACAUCAGUACAAGAUCAUAAAUUCAAUAAUUUAAUACAAAGAGAUCAUAAUAUAAUGAAUAAUAACAUACAAGGUGAAAUAAUAGAAAUAUCAAGUGAUGAAAUAAAUGAAGACAACGAAGAAAUAGUAGAAUUACCAAAGCAAGAAGAAGGAGAUAUCGUAGAAGAAUACUUCACUGAAUCAAAAUCAGUAUCAGAAUCAGCAAAUACCAAAAAGAGAAAGAUAAAUGAUGAACCAUCAAAAAUAUCAAAACAAGAAGAAAGAGAAUUGAAAAAGAAAAAAAUAGACGAAAAAAAAGAAACCAAAAGGCAAAGGAUAGAAAGAGAAAAACAAGAAAGAGAAGCUAAAAAGAAAGCAGAAUUAGAAGAAAAACAAAGAAAACAAGCAGAAAGAGAAAUUGAAAGAGCUAAUAAGAAAAGACAAGAGGCUGAAGAAAAAGAAGCUAAAAGAUUGAAAUUAGAAAGAGAAAAAGCUGAAAGGGAAGAAAGAAAACGAAUCGAACAAGAACAAAAAGAUGCAAGAAAAUUAGAAGAACAACGUAAACGUGAAGAAAGGGAAAGAGAAAAAGCUGAAAAAAAGGCAAGAUGGGAAGAAAAAGAAAGGAUAAGAAUUGAAAAAAAGAGAUUAGUUGAAGAAGAAAAAAAAGCAAAAGAAGAAGCUAAAAGAUUAGCAGAAGAUGAAAAACGUAAAGCAGAAGAAGCAGAAGCUAAGAAGCAAAAAAGAAUAGUUAGUUUUUUCCAAGCAAGUCCUCAAAAAAGAGUUAAAGAAUCAUCAGCAUCAAGUGAAGAAGAAUCAACACCAUCAAAACCAAAAUUAAAUGAUUAUGAAACAACUUUUUUACCAUUUUUCGUUCAACAUAAUGUAAGUUUAGAAAAUACAAAAAAUUAUUCAACUGAAAAAACAAAAGAAGAACUAGAUUCAAUAUUACUGGGAGUCACGAAAUCAUCAAUAUUUGAAUCAUCUUUAAUAGAUUUAAAACCAAAACCCACUUCUACUACUUCAUCAAUUACCCCAGAAUCAAUAUUAAAUGCAUUAAAUAUACCCACCACAAGAGAAUAUGAAAUUCAUGAAAUGAUUUUAUCAUUAUCACCAAUAAGAUACAUUCGUUUUUAUGAAAAUUCAAAACCACCCUAUAUAGGAACCUGGUGUUCUCAAAAACAUAAUCAACAACAACAACAAAUUAUUAAAAAUCCAUUAAAUACAGAAUUAACAGGGCUUGAUUAUGAAUAUGAUUCAGAUUUAGAAUGGAAUGAAGGAGAUGGAGAAGAUGAAGAUAUUGAUUUAGAUGAUGAUGAUGAAGAAGAAGAAAUUGAAGAAGAUGAAGAAGAUCAAGAUUUUGUUGAACAAGAUCAAGCUCAACAUCAAAUACCUAAAAAGAAUCUUAUAAUAAUAAACAAAUGGAAUGAUGAAACCAAUAAGCAAUUUUUUGAAAAUUUCAAAACUAUUCAUUUAGUAAAUCUAGAUAACUUAAAAAUAUAUAAUUAG